CAACCUUCUCUUGUCUCGCGGCUCUACACCAUAUAAGAAACCCAGAGGGCAACCUUUAGCCGAAAGGAUGUCUAAGCUUACAGCCCUUUUCACCGUAGCCCUUCUCCUCAGCUUUACGCUUACUUAUGCUGCUCGUCCCCGGCCGGUGCCAGUCUUAUCCGAUGAACCUCUGGAUGUCAAGGCAGAUGAGGCUGCGGUUGUUGAGAGCUGUGAAGGACUAGGGGUAGAGGCAUGCUUGGCGAGAAGGACACUCGCAGCUCAAGCGGAUUAUAUCUACACGCAGAAGCAGAAUCCAUGAGCUAGCUAUAGUGCAAUUGUAAAAUCAAUAAAGAUGGAAGUUGAAGUACAUCUAUUUGUGAUGAUAUAUUAAGAAAUAUAUCCUACUUCCUGCUAUUUGUAUUACAGUCUCAAAAUUUUACUUCAUUGUGUUUACUUUUCUCUGUAUCAACUCUGUUACGAGGAAUUAAUUCAUUACCAGAAUCAGAAUUAGUAUAUAAAUCAAAUUUAUAUUUUAGCA